AUGGCUAUCACUCGAACAUUGAAGAUGUCACCUUAUGAGGCGUUGUAUGAGAGACAAUGUCGAACUCCAUUAUGUUGGAAUGAGACAGGUGAAAGGAAACUUCUGGACCCUGAGAUUGUUCAGGCGACAGUGGAUAAGCUCUCUCCUUGGAAAGGUGUAGUACGUUUUGGACAACGAGGGAAGUUAAGUCCUCGCUACAUUGGACCGUAUGAGAUAGUAGAGAGGAUAGGUCCAGUGGCUUACAGGGUUGACUUGUCGGAGGAGCUUUCUCGAGUCCAUGAUGUUUUUCACAUCUCCAUGCUCCGCAAGUAUAUCUCAAACCCAUCACAUGUGUUGGAGACACCAAAGAUUGAAUUGGGGGAUGACUUGUCUUAUGAGGAGCAGCCAGUGCAGAUUUUAGGAAGGGAAGAGAAAAGGCUUCGCAACAAGACUAUAGCUUUGGUGAAGGUUCUUUGGAGAAACCAAAUUGUCGAGGAGGUGACUUGGUAG